AUGCUCCCCAUACUCACCGUGAUUGGCGCAUCCAUGACGUACUGUUGCUUCUCCGAGGCUGCUCCUGCUGCAGAGACGAUGCACACAGCGACACAACUGAUAGCGAGAAGACAGAGAGCCGAUCGAGCCAACGACAUCCUUUUUGUUUGUAUGCUUCGAGGUGCUUGGCUUGAGAACAAGGAACAAGGAACGAAAGAGAAAGAGCUCGAAUUCCUUCGAUCCUUUUUUGGGAAUUUGUCAAGUUUGAAAGGAAAUGAGGAAGCGGAAGCCGAUUUUGGCCUUAUUUUAUUGAAAAAAGCCCAAUUUUGUAAUGAUGGUAAGAACUUAUGGCUUUGCUGCAAAACAUCUCACAAAAACAUGAGGAAAUUCGAGUAG